UCAGCAUGUCCCCAGACUAAGAGACUCACAUCUUUUCUCACGGUCAAAGAAACAGGUGGAGGAACGAACAUGGUUGGUACGGGAGGCGAAGUGGCCACUUUCUCGGUGUGGGAUUAUGUGGUGUUUGCUGGGACAAUUUUGGCUGCUGCUGGCGUUGGGCUCUUCCAGGCCAUACGGACCCGCAAGGAGACCAGCAGCGAUGAGUUCUUGUUGGGUGGACGGCAGAUGACUGCUGUGCCGGUUGCAAUGUCACUGACUGCCAGCUUCAUGUCUGGCAUCACAGUCAUCGGCACGCCGGCUGAGGUCUACCGCUUUGGAGCUGCCUACUGGCUCUUCACCUUCUCCUACGCCAUCAUGUCUGCUAUCACUGCAGAGAUCUUUGUCCCAUUUUUCUACCGUUUAAGGAUCACCAGUGCCUAUGAGUACCUGGAGAUGCGCUUCAGCCGGCCCAUUCGAAUAAUUGGGACGUCGAUGUACAUCGUGCAGACGGUGCUGUACACCGGUUUAGUCAUCUAUGCUCCAGCUUUGGCACUAAAUCAAAUCACUGGACUUAAUCUGUGGGGCGUGCUGGUGGCUACAGGAGCAGUGUGCAUCCUCUAUUGCACUUUGGGCGGACUAAAAGCAGUGAUCUGGACAGACGUGUUUCAGAUGGUGAUCAUGCUUUCAGGUUUUGUGGCUGUUAUAGCGAGAGGAGCUGUUCUGCGGGGAGGCCUGACAAAGGUUUGGGAAGAUGUCCGCCAAGGAGGGCGACUCGAUGUGUUUGAUUUUGACCCCGAUCCUCUGAAGCGACACACAUUCUGGACCAUUGUAGUCGGUGGCAGCAUAAUGUGGAUGUCAAUCUACUCUAUCAACCAGUCCCAGGUGCAGCGUUACAUCUCCUGCAAAUCCCUGGCACAUGCAAAGAUGGCUCUGUAUGGGAACAUGGUCGGCUUAUGGGUGACAGUGAGUCUGGCUGUGCUUUCGGGCCUCGUCAUGUACUCCUUUUACAAGAAUUGUGACCCACUUUCAAACCAUGACAUAAGCACUUCGGAUCAGCUGCUGCCAUACCUUGUGAUGGAUAUUCUGGCAGAUUACCCUGGAAUCCCUGGCUUGUUUGUGGCUGCUGCCUACAGUGGGACUCUUAGCACGGUGUCCUCCAGCAUUAACGCUCUGGUUGCUGUCACUGUGGAAGACUUCAUUUUUCCUGUGUGCAGAGACCUCACAGACAGACAAGUGUCCUGGUUGAACAUGGGCCUGAGUGUAUUCUAUGGGGCUGUGUGUAUUGGAAUGGCUGGAGUUGCCUCAGUGAUGGGAGGCGUUCUGCAGGCAGCUCUGUCCAUAUUUGGUAUGAUCAGUGGGCCUCUCCUGGGUCUGUACUUGCUGGGCAUGUUUUUCCCCACAUCAAAUUCAGUGGGAGGACUAGUGGGAAUGAUCGGUAGUCUAGUGCUGACCCUGUGGGUGGGGAUCGGAGGCCAGCUCUACCCGCCAACAGCUGAGAAGACAAAUCCUCUUCCCCUCACCACUGUGGGUUGUUUAAACAGUCAGAACUAUUCAACGACAGCUCCCUGGACCAGUCCUGUAACACAUACCACGCUGCUCGAUGUGAGACCAGCGUUGGCCGACUCUUGGUACUCUCUGUCCUACCUGUACUUUGCUCCCAUGGGUGCACUGAUAACAAUAGUGCUUGGUCUGCUGGUGAGCAUGGCCACAGGUGGAUGUAAACAAGAGGACGUGAACCCUGAUGCGCUUGUGAAGAAGAGUGACCUGAUCUGCUUCAGCUGCUUCAGCAAAUCACAGGAGUUGGAUGUCACGGAAAAGGACAGAACAUUGAUGUUCAUUGAAGCGAACAGUUCAGUACUCAUGGACUUUGAUGUGAAGAGCGUCAGUGUUGAAAAAAUUACCAAACUGUAA